AUGCUCAAGAGGUUCCUUAUGCCCUUGAGGAAGCUCAUCAAAUCGUUUCAGGCUAAAAAUCUCAAGCUUCAUGACGCGAUGAAGCUGCUUAACGCUACUCAGCGGGAGGCCUCUCUUAUGCAAGGGUCACCGGCUGAAGUCGAAGUCCUACGGCACGAUUUCAUCCAGUAUUUGGGAAUUCGCUUCAAGGCAGAUGAGGUGAGUUGGUUGGCCUUCAAUAACGUCUCACCCGAAAUAUCCCGAUGA